AUGCUGUCCCCGCCACCGGCUGCCAGCUGGCUGGACGCUCGAGUUGACCCCCACACUUGCCGUGACAUGUACCUGGCGUUGCUAGACAACCAGCUGACCCUGGCAGACUUUCGUCCAUUGCAGGCGCCCUUUGUGCCGACAGUGAUUAAGGUGUUGGUGAAUGCCAUCGAGACCGACUGCCACACUGCCUCCAACUGGGAACCCAUAUUCUCGCACCAUUCGCAGCUGAGUGACAGGGCUGACAUGCAUUCCUGUGUCCUGCUACAGAAUUGGAACGACUGGCACUUUCUGAUGCACCAGAUCACAUCUCUCUCCUUACCCAUGAAGAUUGCCGUGCUGCGAAGUAUCCUCGCGGGCUUCAAGCAGAAACCCCUGCACUUCAGUCGACGUCUCAUGAUGGAUGUGAUUCAGCGACCGCUAUUUGACCAGUUCCUGCGUCCCAAUCCCAACAUGAAGUCCAUUGUGAAGCGUGCGGUGCUGCCCUGUAAUCGUACCACGAUGGAUACCCUGUCUUUCAUCAUGCUCCACCUGAUACACGCCUGGGAGUAUGCGUCAAAUCCGCUGGAAGCAAAGUUGCGACUGUCAAAGAUCUACGGACCUCUGCUGGUGAGUUUUGCGGAGCAACCAGUGGUACUGGAUCAGGAUCCGAGUGACUACAAGACGGGGGAGGGGGCCAUUCUGGAGGUGGUGCUGGAGGAAUGCAACGGACAGUUCUGGGACAAUAUGGGCAUGUCACAGUUACGACGCGCUUUUGCCAUCAGGACUACACUUGAAUCUACGGCGAUUGAGAGGGGGCGCCUGAGUGUCAUGCCCACGGAUGUGGAUUCUGAUAAUGAGAAUGACGUCUGGUUUUCAUACCUCCUACGCAAGCAGAAGAAAGCGGACAAGGAAGGCGCUGGGAUGGGUAAAAAGUCGAUGAAAGAGUCAAAAAGGUGA